GUGCAUACCAGUGGGCGCUUUGACGCAGGCGCAUAACAGCGGGUGCGUGCACGCAUGCGCAUAACGGACCCGCGCAUAGGUAAGAACCAGCUGGCGGAGAGGCCCCGCGAGGCGGUUGCGAGCACCUCUGUGGUAGAUCCAGAAAGACCAAACUACUGAGGCAGGACUUGGAGCAUCUACAGCAGAAGGGAAGUCACCCGUCCGUCCACAGUGUUGUGGAAGAGGCAGAGAGAGCCUGGAAUUCAGCUUGGUGUCCUCGUGCCCCUGGCUCCUUACUCGGGGCCGCGUGUGAGCCCGGGAAAUGUUUGCAGACGUUCACCUGUGGUCGCUUUUACCCAGGGGUGGCCCCUUAGCCCUGCUGGAGACAUCCGAGAACCAGAUGACCCAUCCAUGCCUACUGAGUGAAUGAAGUGGCUGCUGAUGGGAAAGGUCCAGGGAGAUCUUGAUGGAAGGGCGUCCGCCGGGGUCCCUGGCCCUGGGCCAGCAGUACACAUCCCUGGGCUCACAGCCUCUGCUCUGCGGCUCCAUCCCAGGCCUGGUCCCCAAGCAACUGCGCUUCUGCCGAAAUUACAUUGAAAUCAUGCCCAGUGUGGCUGAAGGUGUGAAGUUGGGCAUCCAGGAGUGCCAGCACCAGUUCCGGGGCCGCCGCUGGAACUGCACCACCAUUGAUGACAGCCUCGCCAUCUUCGGGCCCGUUCUUGACAAAGCCACCCGCGAAUCGGCCUUCGUGCACGCCAUCGCCUCUGCUGGUGUGGCCUUUGCUGUCACGCGAUCCUGUGCGGAGGGCACCUCCACCAUCUGUGGCUGUGAUUCGCAUCAUAAGGGGCCGCCCGGCGAGGGCUGGAAGUGGGGCGGCUGCAGCGAGGAUGCCGACUUCGGGGUGCUUGUGUCCCGGGAGUUCGCAGACGCACGUGAGAAUAGGCCGGAUGCGCGCUCGGCCAUGAACAAGCACAACAACGAGGCUGGCCGCACGACCAUCCUGGACCACAUGCACCUCAAGUGCAAGUGCCAUGGGCUGUCGGGCAGUUGCGAGGUCAAGACCUGCUGGUGGGCCCAGCCCGACUUCCGUGCCAUCGGCGACUUCCUUAAGGACAAGUACGACAGUGCCUCGGAGAUGGUGGUGGAGAAGCACCGUGAGUCCCGCGGCUGGGUGGAGACCCUCCGCGCCAAGUACGCGCUCUUCAAGCCACCCACCGAGAGGGACCUGGUCUACUACGAGAACUCCCCCAACUUUUGUGAGCCCAACCCGGAGACGGGCUCCUUUGGCACCAGGGACCGGACUUGCAAUGUCACCUCCCACGGCAUCGAUGGCUGUGACCUGCUCUGCUGCGGCCGUGGCCACAACACAAGGACGGAGAAGCGGAAGGAGAAAUGCCACUGCAUCUUCCACUGGUGCUGCUACGUGAGCUGCCAGGAGUGUAUCCGCAUCUACGAUGUGCACACCUGCAAGUAGGGAGCCAGGGCACUGGGAACAGGUGACGUGUGCGGCUGGGCGGAUUCACCGAAGUCCUACGGGGAGCAGGGCCGAGCCGGGCUCAGCCCCAGCAUCAGACGGCACGGAAACGGGACUGUUGCCAGAUGCACGUGUGGUAAUGACCUGGACCCACCUCGCCUGCUGCCUGGGAGGCCUCCCUCCCUCUCUCAUCUUCAGUUUCUCACCCUACUCGGGAUGGUGUGUGGUUUUCAAAGAAGGGGCUUUCUUUUUAGUUCUCUGGGGUCUGAUAGGAACAGACCCGAGGCUUAUCUUUGCACAUGUUAAAGAAAAUAAAAGUGGCAAAAACCCCAACCAACCAACCUUCUACUCCAGCAGAACAGGCUGGGCUGCCGUGAGCCUCUGCCUGGUGGGAAGGACAUCCGCGUGGGCAAGACCGUCUCCCAGCCGCUGCGUCUGGUGCCAUCCCGAGAUGCCUGUGCGCGGGGAGUCAGGAAGCGGGGCAGCGCCCUGCCGUCUCCUCUUCUCUGCCGACUCCCAUUCAAAUCUGAUAGACUUUCACAUUCUGAUAAAAGCCAUAGGUUGAGCUGGGAGAAAGUGGUAGGGAGGCCCACGGCAAUCGUUAGAGUCGGUUUGAGUUUUGAAGAGCCGGAGCUCCGGGCGACCUGGUAAGCUGUUUGAAGAGCAGCCGUAUGUUCUUCUCAGUCCCAUUUUCUCUGUAACCCCGUUCUGCACGAGAGGCUCUUGUGAACUGCAGUCAGAUCUCCAGCUCUUUCUCUGCCAUUCUGCAGUUUCCACCAGGAAUGCAGUCCUUUUUUUUUUUUUUUGGUAGUGAACAUUGUAAAUAGGUUACGUGGGGUUGGGGGGGGACACCCUUUCGCCAGCUCAGAUGGCUUCCCAAGGAAGGAAGCAUCUUUAGAAGGGGCCAUUCUGUCCCUCCCAGCCCUGCUCACCUGCAGAUCCUGCAUAAAAACAAACUCCAGCUUGAGCAGUUGGACUCUGGGUCACUUAGGAUAAAUUAGACAAAGGGUCAGAGAGAGUAGCAGGCUGUCCUUGAAAUUCCUGUUUUGUGAGCAGUAGAUGGGGAGGAUAAAGAGGAGUCGUUCGUUUCCUUCCCAGUCGGGACGCGUCGUCCUGCGUCCCUUUCUGUGUGGCCUGUGCGAGGAAACCAGUGCAGAUCUUGCCCCCACACCUCUGGCCUCACCUGCCCACGGAGAGCUUCAGUUCGUGCAGCCACCAGGAUCAGGACGAGGUGUUCAGAGGCGGGCGAGCAGUCACUCGUUCCUGCGGGUGAAGCAUCCCUCCGCUGAGUUCUCCUUGAUCCCCACGGGUCCUCUGCCGUGGCCUAGAGGAAGCUAGCAGAGCGGAGGCAGACAGAUCUGACAGACUGAGUCAACACGGCAGCUCUGUCUUAAGGAGAAUCAGAAAGGAGAGAGGCAGCCGGGCCCGGGUGGAGCACGCGCCGCCUUCCUCCCCUCUCCUCUUCCCUGGGGUCAGCCCGACACUGACCCCAGACAGCAGGCCGGCCACCUUCCCACCUGCUCAGGCAGGUUCACCAAGAUGAUCGUCUAGACGCCGGGCCUGCGCUCUUGAAUCUGCUGGCAAGGAGCCCUGCUAACGAUACACUGCCCACCCCUCUAGAGAGUCUGAAGUGCCCCCCAUCUCACCUGAGACUGGAGCGUUUUAAAUCGUGUCGACCAGGUGAUGCUUGCUUUAUGUGAGAAGGACUUCUGCAGAAUGGAUACACAUGUUCAAAGCAGUCUUUUCAUAUCUAUGUAUUAUCUCUAUUAAAAGUGAUAAAGUCAUGUUUCUGGGGCGUAUUCAAGUAGACGACAAGUAAUUAUUUAAUAAUAGUACAUUGAGUGCAUUGUAAUUAUUCUCGCAGUAGUCAGGUAAUAGUAUCCAACAGAAAUUUCCUACCAACCUGCUGUAUCCAAAGUUUUGUAAAAAGUUGUAGAAGUUGUUGAUCUUUUUGAUUUUAUAUUCAAAGUCUCUUUUUAUAAAUAUUAUUUAUUAUACAAUGUAUAUACCUUUGAGUUAACUAAGAUUAUAUAUUAUAUAAAUAUAUAUAUAUUUGGAGAAAAUAUAUUUCAUCAUGCAGUUUUUUUCUGUUAAGUCAUUAAAGAGAAGGUAAACUUCAAAUGGAAACGUUGUACGAUGUGUGGCGUUUGCAGACUAAGGCUCGGAAGGUCAGCGUCAGAUUCUGAAUCGGGGAGCCUUCACGUCCACUCUGAAAUCCCUGGCCCCAGUUAAGGUCAUUUCCUCUGUUCUCCAAGCAGGAUCAUCUGAGAUGUCCUGCACAGUAGGUCUCAUCUACGAAAGGACUUCCUUAUAGGCUUACCUUGGUCUAAAUCAGCUUCUAACAAAACUUCCAGUUUUAGAAAAAAGCAAUUUGGGAGUUCCCACUGUGGCUCAAUGGUAAUGAGGUAGCGAACCCAACUAGUAUCUACAAGGACUGAGGUUCGAUCCCUGGCCUUGCUCAGUGGGUUAAGGAUCCAGCGUUCCUGUGAGCUGUGGUGUAGCUUGCAGGUGCGGCUUGGAUUUGACCCCUAGCCUGGGAACCUGCAGUUGCCGCAAGUUUGGCCCUAAAAAGCAAAAAAGAAAAAAAAGAAAUGAGCAAUUUGGGUAGUAAUUCAUUUCAUAGGCUCCAGCACGUCUAAUGCACAAAUUCAUGUCAUAGACACUCAAAGAUACGGCUCGAGGCCAGUAGACCACGGGAUUGGCCACUGACUUAAUCCCUUUCUAACCCAUGUUUUCAACUCCACUUAUUGGGAAAAUAGGAUUUGCUCUACUGAAAAGGAAACUUGACUGGAAGUGGCUCUCCCCACGAGCUCCACCUGGGAGCUUCGGAGGGGACAGAGUGGCUGGAAAGAAGAAAUGAUGUGCCCUGGGCUCUGGGGGCCUGGAACAGGUGUCAUUUGAAGUUUUAGAUGGGUGUGGGCAGAAGGACCCACCCACGGGCAUGCUUCAUGGAAGGGCGUGCUCCCCUCAGACUGAUGCUUCAAAAGGACUCACCUGAAGCUUACAGGUAACGCCUUUUCAACAACGAGAUGGCUGUAACUCCGUUUCACAACAGGCAAUCCUUUGGUCUUCAGACCUACCCAUAAAAUGUCACCUUCAGUUUAUUUGGCACAGGUCACAUGUUUUCCUUUUUCUUUCUUCUUAUUUACCUUAAUUAGAAAUAGGUAAAUUCAUCUCACUUCAGAGGGAAAAAAAAGCAGAAAAAUAGAGGGGUCUGCCUUGCGAGGUGGAGAGGGGCUGCCUGUGUGCCCUGACCUUCCGUUAGGGUGACCACUAGAAGCUCAUGAACUUUCUUUUGCCCAUGACGUGUCUUUAUUUAGUACCUGAGAAGCUGUUUCCGCUGUGCAGUGAAUCAACCAUGGAAAGGGUCGAGCUCUCCCCAUCUCGCAGAGCUGUUUGGCCUUGUAGUUUACGUAAGGCUUAAUGCUCAUCUACUGCACUAGCUCGGGUACUUCUUUUUCAACAUAUUAAACUGCCAAACAUUUAGGAGUUCCCGUUGUGGCUCGGCAGAAGUGAAUCUGACUAGUAUCCAUGAGGACGCAGGUUCGAUCC